AUGGCUCUUGAGGCGGGCCGCCAGUCGGCCUCACCAACGAGCUCCGGGAGAGCUUCUCCCAUUUCAAGGAAGUGGAGGAGCCAAAUUGCUGCUGAUGAACCCCCAAGCAAGGACAAAGCUUUCCGCAGAUAUGCCUCUGGUGUAGAGAGAUCACUGUCGCUCUUCGAUACAGCCUUGCAGGAAUGGGCGGAUUACAUUUCCUUCUUGGCUCGUCUAUUGAAGUCCUUGCAAGCACAUCCUGCUACAAUUAUUGCCGUCCCAUCAAAAGCUAUUGUCACAAAGCGUCUGGCACAAUGCUUGAACCCCUCACUCCCCUCUGGUGUGCACCAGAAGGCCCUCGAGGUCUACGCAUUCAUUUUUUCGAUGAUAGGCAGAGAUGCCCUUUCAAGAGACCUCCCCCUAUACCUCCCCGGCUUGUCAUCCACUCUCUCGUUUGCCUCACUCUCUGUACGAGGGCCUUUCCUUGACCUACUUGAGAAGCACCUUCUCAAACUCGACCCCCGAGCGCUUCGCCUCGCUUUGAAAGCUAUCAUACUUGCAUUGUUACCAGGCCUUGAAGAGGAAACAAGUGAGGAGUUUGAGAGAACGCUGAAACUGCUUGAGGGAUUCAAGGCAGCCAUCAGACCACUCGCUGCUGAGGAUCUUGGGCAGAAUCAUAGCAGUGGAGAUGAAUACUUCUGGCAAUGUUUCUUCCUAGCGGCUAUAACGAGCAACAGCCGUCGACUUGGUGCUUUGGCGUACAUGGUUCGAAACAUGCCAAAACUCGGCCAACCUCUUUCAAGCGAAUCUAAGACUACGCCUGCAAAUGGGUCGCAUAAAGGGGCUGAGGGUGAAUCUGCUCGCUUAGCCGAAAUAUUGACCUCCCCUGAACCAGGUCUCCUGCUCAGGUGCUUUGCUGCUGGUCUAGCCGACGAACAACUCUUGAUACAGCGUGGCUUCCUGGAUAUUCUGGUGACUAACCUUCCUCUGCAUUCCAACGUUCUGCAGAAGAGGGUCAAGACCGAGGAUCUGGAACUCUUAAUCUCAGCUGCCGUUGGAGUAGUUUCCCGCCGAGACAUGAGUUUGAAUAGACGUUUAUGGACGUGGCUAUUAGGACCUGAACUCGUGCAAAACGACAACGAGGGUGGCCCUGAAUCUCCAACAUCGGUAAUUGGAGAUCCCUUGGGAUCAGUAUCAUCCUCGAGGACACGCUACUUCGAAGAAUUUGGACUGCAACAUUUGACAAAUGCUCUAUUGAAAAUGAUUGAAAGGGAUUCAUCGAAUUCUGUGGAACGGGCAAGACCAUUCCGAAUCUGUCUAUCCUUGAUGGAUAGGUGGGAGAUUGGUGGGCUUGUUGUCCCUGAUAUCUUCCUACCUGUCGUUGAUAGUGUUCGUAAGUUCAAAGAGCAGGCCGCGUCAAAGGCGGAAUUUUCUGAAGUCCUUCGAAGUGCCAGUGUCUUUUUUGACGGCGUUGAGAGUGGCUUGAUCUGGGGCGAGAUUAUUGGAUUGAUUGCACAGGCAAUUGGACAAGGAAGGCUAUCAACAGAGGAAAGGAUCGACAGGCUCUCACUGGUGAACUUUAUCAUUGCUCAUUUCAAUGUGCGGGAAGAGGAGAUGUUGUUGGUACAUGCUCCACUGACAACACUGACGAUCUUGACUAUGCUCGAAGAUGCCAAGGAGAAGGCACAACACCAACAAGGAGACGCUGGUACGCCCGAAGAUGUGUCGCGAUUAGCCCUAAGUAUUGCCUUGGACUUGGUUGAACUAAUUCCAGACCGAGCUUUUCAAACACGGCCAUCAACAAGUCAGUCAACAUCUACUACCUAUGACGAAUCCCACGUUCGGAAUCUUGCCAAUCUCGAAAUCUUGCAAAAAAUCAAGGCGUUUUACGUCCAAGACCAAGGGAACCUUGAUGCGUUCCCACCUCCAUACUCAUUUCGCGAUGUGAGCGAGCUUCUUCUACGGGAAGCUGGCAGCAUCACUUGCCAAAGCUUAUCUGAGUCGGUGUCAAGUGCUGAUGCUGGUCUUAAGAGUAAGCUUCUGGUAAUGAUGGUGUCAAAAGUUCCGAGAGUGAGCAGCUUAGAUUCAGCGAAACUACUUCUGUCGAUGCAUGACAGGUUGGCCGCGCCAUCUCAAGUGCCAUUCCUGUCCUUUACCUCAAUCACGUCUCUUGCUACCAGUCUAUAUUCAGCGUCCUAUCUUUCAGCAGUCGAGCUCUCAUCUCUAGUGCAGCCUCUGGUGCGGCAGGCGUGGCUAUAUCUAUCAGCAUCCCAACCAAAGUAUCAUGUUGAGACAGUGCGAUGCCUCUGGCAGCUACAGACGACCCUCACGAUGAACAGCCACGAGAUUGAAGCUGCCAUCUGUGGCAUAAUGAUUGAGCACGACACAGAUGGAACAUUUGCCAAUCGGGAUGCCGAUCCUGGAAAGAGCUUCAGCAUCUUGUGGACUCAUACACUUCAAGAUAAUGCAGGUCACUUGGAUCGCAGGGCCUCGAAGACAUCUACCAGUGAGAACAGACUUUCUGGGAUUGGAAAUUAUGAGGUUAUGCUUGCUAGGCCCUUGUUCCUCCUGUUGGACGCCCUGCUCGACGAGCGUACUCAGCUUUUUAUGACGGUUAGGACGUGGUUGCAAAGCCUUGUAGGACUUGACAAACUCUUGCAUCUCUUCGUUGCAAAAUUCUCUGAAUUCAGCUUCCUCCAAAAGCUUCCCGAGGAUGGGUCUCGUUCCAUGGAUAAAGAUGUGCAGAUAUACUCAAGCGACGACGAUUUAGACCAGUGUUUGUAUUAUCUGCGAACAUUGUCCAACAUGCUACGCUGGUCUUCAGAUGGCAUGUGGGCAGCUCUUGCCCAAAACAGCAUUUCCACAGACUCGAGCCACCGGUCGCUACACGCGAUAACUGGUCGUGAUGGAGAAAUUACACUCCUCGAAUUUUUUCUCCAUGUUUGCUUGCGAGCAAUUGCUGGGAGUUAUGACCCUGACAAUUCCGAUUUGGAACCUCGCGUUAGCCAGCUUCAUAGAACUGCCUUGACGACACUUCACCAGAUUCUGUUGAGCCCGUACUCUCCACCUCUUGCUGAGCUACAGCUGGAACACAUUCUGAUUGACCGCCUGGUUCAAUCACUGAAUGGCCCUGAUCCAUUCAUUCAAGUACUGCUCCUGGACGUCGUCUUCGAUGCUCUCAAGAUACGCAAUUCAAUUCGGCCAACUGCACCUCCACAAUCCCCUACAACAGAAGUGAAGCGACCCAUGACUCAAGAGACUCCCCAGAAUUCGAGGCUUUCGGUGGUCACAGAGCGCCCGGAAAGUUUCUUGAAUUUUCCACCACCUCCGCCAUCACUGGUGAAAUGCCUCCAGGCUGGUUUCGCGGCUCCGAGCAGUCGCCCUGUUCUGGAAAGUUGGGUUAGUUUUCUGACAGAAUGCCUACCCCUUUAUUCGGAUACGAUCUUUCAGAUCCUCAUACCUUUGGUCGAAACCUUUUGCUCGCAGAUCGGGAGCACCUUCAGCGAGUUGCAGAUGACCUUCAAGAAUUCUGCACUCUUUGGCGAGGGUUCGACAGCACCCGAAUCGACACUCAUAUCUUUGCUGAACGGCCUCGAGCACAUUCUAGCAAAGGGUCAUGAUCGCCUCUUACUAGAUGAACUGAAAUCGCUAGCCGUCAAAAGUCCAGAAUUACCUCAAGGCUUUUUUGGAAACAUGGUGUCCGGAGUAUUUUCAUCAGAGACGCCUCAAGCACGGAGUGUGACUGCCAACCAUCGCUUAACAGUGCUUCUCUCUUUUCAAGAUGCUGUUCGCAUAUGCUUUCUGAUUUGGUCUUGGGGCGGAAAUGAUGGGGAUUUCCAGGACACAGAGUCCGCGGCCUCAUUCAAUUACACUUCGUUACGAAUGCGGAAUCGUGCACGGAGACUCCUCGAACAUCUUUUCGUGGCAGAAGCUCUAGAAUGUCUCGAAACGGUCGUCGAAGUCUGGCAGAAAUCCGCUAGGACUCCAAAUGAUAUGAGAUCCCCGAUAGUCUUCAAUCUUCUCCAUGUUCUUGACGGUUCCAGGCCCAAACACACUAUUCCUGCUAUUUUCAAUGCCAUUUAUAGCCGUACGAAUCCCAGUGCCCUGGAACCGUCCCGAAAGUCUACCUUAACGUCGUCACUUAAUGAUACAGACCUAGUUAUAUUUUUGGUUGAGUACGCCCGUUCUUUGGAAGAUGAUGCAAUGGACGAGAUUUGGGCAGACUGUAUGACAUUCCUGAAGGACCUGCUCGCAAAUCCGUUCCCGCACAGGCAGACACUCCCAAGCCUGCUAGAGUUUGCCGCGAUAUUGGGUGAAAAGGUAGACAACACCAAUUUUGGCGAGCAGCGGCGAAUGAGAAGAGAACUGGGAGACCUCUUCCUUCGCUUACUCACUGCUAUCUUUACGACGAGACCAAUGGGCUUCACUGAUAUCUCAUCUGACAAUGACGAGAAAUCGAAUUCAUUGGCACAACGCCAGGUUGCUAGAGCCGAUGACGUAGUCGGGAUUCUGGCUUCUAUUGCACCAAACCUCCCAAAGAUUCUUGUUGAACCCGACCGCAUAGUGGCAGCUGCGAAUACAAUCUCCGCAAGUGUCAUCGGCCCAACAUUUAAAUCGAAGUCAUUCCCUGAGAAUGUCUCCAAGAGUACUUUGGUACUUCUGUACCAAUUAGCAAGGCUUCCAAACACCCAGAAAUCAUGGCGAAAAGACUUGGGAGAUGCUUUUAACGACGCCAAAUUCUUCGGAAACACAGUUUCUCUUGUUGAGAGUGACUGGCUUCCCCUUCUCAAGCAGUGGACACUAAGUGACAAGGAGCGAAUGCCUGAAAUUCUAUCCCGGCUAUUACCUCCCACUACGGCCGGCAUAGUCUUUGGUGUAGGGGCGACCUCAGCGAGAUUGGAAGCUGAUCGGAAGACACAGCUUAACCUUCGCCGUGCAGCGACAUUGGUCUUAGCUACCAUGAACGACAAUUUCGUUUCAGAUCUACCUGUUAUGCAAGAGAAGAUUGUUGAACUUCUCUCUGCGACCACGACUUCGUCGCCAUCAUCUACAACUCGGGCAGAUAUCUACCUCCUUCUCCGAGCAGUAGCCCUCAAAACAUCUGCAGUUCAUCUUGCAAUGCUAUGGCCAAUUGUUAAUGCAGAGCUUCAAGCCGUCAUUUCCUCAGUUGUUGCAGCUGACCACAGCGCUGCAGCAGAAACCUACAAUAAUUACUCCAUUCUUCAGGCUUGCAAGCUUCUCGAUACCUUACUCUGCAUCGCACCCGAUGAUUUCCAACUCCAUGAAUGGCUUUUCAUCACAGACACCAUUGAUGCCGUCUACAGACCUCCACAGUUCCAACCUAUUGCCCUAGUAGACGAGCUCUCUGAAGAGCUGGGUUCAACGGCUCUUGCCUCUACGACACAAAUGGAAUCAGCAGCCAUGCAAGCAACAAAUAGCAGUAGCCGUAGACCCCUGAUAGGACCCGGCGGUAUCAGUGACGAGGGUACGUGGGAACGAAAGGAUGAGUUGGUGGGGAAGGUGUUAAGACCGUUCUUCAGCCAGCUGAGUAUUUUCGCUUUCGAGAGUACGUACUCGAUGAGUGUGCCCGACUGGGAGGCAUGCAGGAUGAGUAUUUUGAGAGAUCUAUUCGACGAGAAAAGUAUAGUCAGGGCGCUAUAG